AAAAACUUCCUACGGGACGAAAAGUGGCGCAAGCCUUCAGUGAGGAAGCUGUAGUGCACGUCAGAGCGAAAGAGUCAUACAUACACACACACACAUACAUACACAAUCAUUUUGAGGUGGAACAUCCACACGUUUUUUCAGUCUGUUGUCAUCCCGCACGGAUUUACUUUCUCACCACGGAUCCGCAGGCGGACAGCGUGUUUUCCUCCGUCGUGCCCUUGCAUUUCUUUAAACGAGAAAUGGAAGAGAGCUCGAGCUCCCCGGUGUCUCCGGUGGACAGUCUCGGGACCAGUGAGGAGGAGCUGGACCGCCAGCAACAACAGCAGCAGCACAGGCGCUUCGCCCGGAAGAGGAGACCGAGUAAGAAGUCGAGUGAGGAGGACAGCUCCGGAGGAAGUCCCGGCUCGACGAAACGGAGCAAGAAGCCGAGCCCGAGCCGCGCGCAGUCCUACGAGGAGCUGCAGAACCAGCGCGUGCUGGCCAACGUGCGCGAGCGCCAAAGGACUCAGUCUCUGAACGAGGCGUUCGCGUCUCUGCGCAAGAUCAUCCCGACGCUGCCGUCCGACAAGCUGAGCAAGAUCCAGACGCUGAAACUGGCGUCGCGCUACAUCGACUUCCUCUAUCAGGUGCUGCAGAGCGACGAGAUGGACAACAAAAUGUCCAGCUGCAGCUACGUCGCGCACGAGAGACUGAGUUACGCGUUUUCGGUGUGGCGCAUGGAGGGAGCCUGGUCCAUGUCCGCCUCGCACUAACGACCAGCAGCACCGCGCGCCGCCGUGCACAAUGCCACAUGGACUGUUUACUUCCACUAUUUCUGAAGACACCAAAGGAUUUAUUGAAGAACCCGUGAAGCUUUAUGCUAUGACCAAAUAUACAAUCUGAGCGAUAUAAUAAUGGCUCAAAGUGCUGAUGAAGCCCAGAAUCAGGGACAGCUCCACUUCACUUCCAUGGAGAGGGAGAAAAGCAGAGCAUAACUGAUAUUUAAUCAUUUCCACAACUUAGCCCUAAAUGUCCUUAUGGUGAUAGUAAAUGAAAGCCAUCUUCUAUCUUUAAUGAAACUAUAUUUCCCCUUGAAAUAGAAGAGUUUAUAUAUUAUAUAUAUAAAGAUGUAUAUGAUUUCUUUUGGUAAAGUAUUGUACAUAAUGCUAUCUGUGAGUUUGGUCAGCUUUUAAGGGGACCAAUAUGAUUUAGAGCAAUAGCGUCCUGCAUGGAUCCCUGCCUUUUUUUUUUUUUUUUACAUACAAAACGAACAAACAAAAAAAAUCCUUUGUUCUAUGCAAGAAUUUAAAUUUCAAUCAAUGAAAUUGUGCUUAUUUAUUAAAACAUAUUUUUUGAACAAA